AUGGCGACCAUUCCUGUUGUCAUCAAGCACCAGGGCAAGAAGUACGAUGUCGACCUUGACCCAACGGCAAAUGGCGAGAUGCUCAAACUCCAACUCUUCUCUCUCACUGGCGUCGAACCCCAGCGACAGUCCGUUCUGAUCAAAGGUGGAAAGCUCAAAGAUGAUACUGAGCUAUCCAAGCUCAAUGCAAAACCUGGCCAAAUCUUCACUAUGCUCGGCACCGCUUCUGGCGAGAGCAGCGCAGUCACCGCCCCCGCUAGAAAGCCAAAAUUCGUUGAGGACAUGACUGAAGCCGAAGCCGCCGCUCAAGAAGGUGCUACUCCGGCUGGUCUCCAGAACCUCGGAAACACCUGUUAUUUGAACUCUACACUACAAGUCCUCCGGAGCAUACCUGAAAUGCAAGACUCGUUGAAGAUCUACAAGACCGAGGCGGCCCCGGUUGCGAAUCUAGAAGCUCUCAGUCGCUUCGGCCUUGGUGGCCUCGGCUCCUCCAACGACCUAACUGCUCAGCUACGAGAUCUCUACAAACAAAUGUCCGAAACGCAAGAAGGAUUUCCUCCCAUGAUGUUUUUGAACGCGCUGCGCACUGUUUAUCCUCAGUUCGCCCAGAAGGCAAAGAACGGAGUUGGCUAUGCCCAGCAAGAUGCCGAGGAAGCUUGGUCACAGAUUGUUCACCAGCUGAGACAGAAGCUCAAGAUUACUGACAAAAGAACUGAAGAUCAGAAAGAUGUUGCGUUCAUCGAUCGAUACAUGGCCGGUUCAUUCCAUUCCUCACUUGCGCCUCCUUCAGAUGUGGGAGACAACGAGCCUGUUGUCGAGUCUGACGAAGCUUUCCUGAAACUCGACUGUCAUAUUGACCAAUCUAUCAAUCAUCUACACGACGGCAUCAGGGCUGCCUUGACAGAGGUGAUUGAGAAAAACUCACCAACACUCGGACAGGAUGCACAAUACAUCAAGACCUCUCGAAUAUCCCGGCUUCCUAGGUACCUGACUGUGCACUUUGUUCGAUUCUUUUGGAAAAAGGACAUACAGAAGAAAACGAAGAUCAUGCGGAAAGUCACAUUUCCAGAAGAACUCGACAUCGUGGAGUUCUGUACGGAAGACAUGAAAAAGAGACUGAUACCAGUUCGUGACAAGGUUCGCGACAUUCGCAAGUUCGAGCAGGAUGUAGAGAGGGCUAGGAAGCGGCAGAAGUUGGCCCACAGGCAGGAAGAAGACCGAAAGCAUGAUGAAGCAACGAAGGCUGCAGAGGCUGCUCCGAUUGCUAAGCUCCGCGAACAAAAGGAGAAAGAGGAGGGGAAGAAAAAGGAGCACGAAGGUGGCGAAAUGGAUGUGUACAAGACGGAUGCAGAGUACGAGGCCGAACGAGCUGCCGCCCUGAAACAAGGCAUGAAAGAACUCUUCGGUCUCAUUGAUCCGGAGCUCGCAGCUGAUGAAGGGUCGAACAAGUCGGGCUUGUACGAGCUCAGCGGUGUCAUCACCCACCAAGGCGCAAGUGCUGAUAGCGGCCACUACACCAGCUUUGUCAAGAAGCAAGGCAAGCUGGUAGAUGAUCCCAAAGCACCUGGUGGCAAGCGGAGAGAGCAGGAUGGUAAAUGGUGGUGGUUCAACGAUGAGAAAGUCAGCGAGGUCGAUGGGGAGAGGAUCAUGAGUCUUUCCGGCGGCGGCGAAAGUGCUUCUGCGCUCAUUCUGCUCUACCGAGCUGUUGAUCUGCCCACCAAGGCCGACAUUGAGGACUAA